AUGCUUUUCAAAAUAGUAUUUAUAGUUUAUUUUUUGUUCCUUAAUUAUGUUUACUUAUUAAAAAAAAACCAAAGCAAAUUUUAUAAUUUUCAGAUCAUGGAUACAAGAAAUAUAAAAAGUUUGAACGAUGUUAAGGAGAAACUAAGAUAUAAAAAAGAAGCCUAUUGUUUAUUAUUGAAUAAAUAUAAAGUAAAUGAUAUUUUAAAAAAUAAAUAUGUCAAAUUUUGGUUAUUAAAUAUAUAUAAAUUCCCAUCUGUUUUAGUUUAUAACGAUUAUAAAAAUUUAACAGAAGAUCGCGAUGGUGAAAAUAUAUUAAAACAUAUGUAUAGAUAUUUUGAAAAAAAAAAAAGUGAAAUAUUUGAUAAAAAUUCGGAAACAGUGCAUGUAAAAUUAAUUAAUAGUUAUGAAGACUUUGACAUUUCAUUAAAUAAUAACAUUGUGGAAAAUUCUGAUGAGGAUAUUUUUAGAUUAGUUCCUUUGAACAACUAUUUUGAUAAAGCUGUAAAUGAUUUGUUUAAAACUGAAGAAAAUAUUUAUGUUGGUAAUACAAAUAAUGAAAACAAAGACAAAGGCUUUCAAUCGGAACAUGAAUCCCCCUCAGGUCUUAAUAAUAUUGAAAUAAAUGAUGAUAAAAAAAAAAAUAGUAUAAAGAGAAAACGAAAUAUAUAUGAAAUGGAUAAUAUUGAUGAACAUAAUAUUUGUGGGUUUAAUGAUGAAAAUAAAUAUAUAGAUAUGGAAAAUAUUUACAAAAAAAAUAAGCUUGAAUAUGCUGAAGAACUAUUUAAUGAGAUAAAAAAGAAUAAUAUAAAAAUAAAAGUAGUAACUUUAGAUUUUGGAUAUGAAAAUAUGAAUACAUCAGAAGUUUUAAGACAUAUUUUUCCAUCAAUUAAUGAAAUAAUACAUAAAUUUGAAAUUAUUGGGCAUAUUGCACAUUUAAAUUUUUGUAAUAAAUUAGAAGAUUGUAAAAAAAUAAUUGCAGAAGUUAUUUUGGAUAAAAAUAAAAGCAUUAAAACUGUUAUUAAUAAAAAAGAUAUAUUAAAUAAUGUGCAUAGAACAUUUAAUAUUGAACUUUUAGCUGGUGAAAAAAAUUAUAUUACGGAACUAAAAGAAAAUAAUAUAAAAAUUAAAGUAAAUUACGAAUUGAUGUAUUGGAAUUCAAAAUUAAAAAAAGAAAGAGAUCGUAUUUAUAACAGUGUUCAAAAUAAUUCUAUUAUUUUAGACGUUUUUGGUGGGGUAGGUAUAUUUAGUUUAUUGUUAAGCACAAAAAGUUGCUUAUGUUUUUCUAAUGAUAUUAACACACAUGCAUAUGAUUAUAUGAAUAUAAAUAUAAAUAUUAAUAAAAAAAAAAAUAUUUUAACAUAUAAUUUGGAUGGGAGAAAAUUUAUUGAAAAAAUGAUUGAUUUAGAUAUUUUCUCAAUAAAAGAUUCAAAUAUAUUAACUAUGUAUAUAGAUGAGCAAAAUAAAAAAAAUAUAUCCAUGGAAAUCAUAAACAGCAAAGACCAUGCACUUACAGAAAAGAAACUAAAAGAAAAUAAAAAUAAUAAUUAUAGAAAAAAAAAACAGCAAAUUAUUUUGGAAAAUGAAAAAAAUAAUCUAACAAAUUAUGAACAAAACGCUACUAACUAUACUUUGGAGGAGGAUACAAAGAAUGGGCAACUGAAUAAAAAUAUCCAAAAUGAAAAAUGUAAUGUAAAUAAUAAUGGACAAAUUGUCAUAAAUAAUAGUAAUAGUGAUAAUGAUAUAUACAGUAAUACUAAGAAAGAUUCAUUAUGUACUAAUAAAAAAGAAGAUAUAAAUAAAAAUACGAAUAAUCAGGAAAAUCAAUUAAAAAUAGACAUAAAUCUUAGCAAUUAUAAUGAUAUACAUGUAUUAAUGAAUUUACCACAACUUGCUUUGGACUUUUUGGAUAUCUUUAAAAAAAUAAAAAAAAAAAAAAAAAAUGACAAAAUAAGAAAUAUCUUCAUUCAUUGUUAUUAUUUUUCCAAUCCAGAAUCUUUUUAUGAACACGCAGAAAAAAAUAUUAUGUCACAUUUUAAGAAAUUACCCAAAGAAAUGAAAGUUAUAGAGAUCCGGAAAGUAGCUCCCAAUAAAUUAAUGUACGUUGUGGAAUUCAAUUUAAAGGAGUUAUUGGAGCCAUAA